GCGAUGCGCCUGAUCCACAAUAUGGGGACCAUCGCGGAGUACCCCCAAGCAGCGAGCGCCACCGGCAGCGGAGAGAGCUGCGGAGCCGGCCGCCCCCGACUCAUCAAGAUCGCUGUGGUGGGAGCCAGCGGGGUGGGCAAGACCGCCCUGGUGGUGAGAUUUCUCACAAAACGAUUCAUUGGAGACUAUGAACGCAACGCAGGUAAUCUGUACAGUAGACAGAUUGAAAUUGAUGGAGAGAUGUUUGCAAUUCAAGUCCAAGACACUCCUGGAGUACAGAUCCAUGGACAUAGCCUGGAUUGUAAUGAGCAGCUGAACAGAUGUAUUCGCUGGGCAGAUGCAGUUGUGAUAGUCUUUUCAAUCACAGACUAUAAGAGUUACGAACUACUCAGUCACUUCCACCAGCACAUACGGCAGUUGCACCCAGGAAACAGAGUGCCUGUGGUUGUUGUAGCAAACAAAGCAGACCUCCUCCAUAUUAAAGAGGUGGAACCCCAACAUGGACUUCAGCUGGCCAGCGUGUUGGGUUGUACUUUCUAUGAAGUGUCUGUCAGUGAGAACUACAAAGAGGUCUUCAAUGCCUUCCAUAGCUUAUGUAAAGAUGUCUGUAAGCAACAAUCCACCAGCACCCCGGAAAAGAGGAGAAGCUCUCUCAUUCCAAGACCAAAAUCACCCAACAUGCAAGACCUGAAAAGAAGGUUUAAGCAAGCCUUAUCUGCCAAAGUGAGGACUGUCACCUCUGUCUGAAAGAUCAAACUAAAUGGGAUGGGUUUUUCCCUCCUUCCCAGUGCAUAAUCCUAUAGUUCCAACUUUGGAACAUGAGUUGUAGGCGUUACAGCAUCCAAAGAAGGGCAAAAGAGAGGGAGAGACUUCAGAUGUUGUUUGUAUAGUUGUGGACAUAAUACAUUGUGUAAUGGUGGAACAACACUGAAGUGUGAAUAUGGUUCUGAAGAACUGGUAGAGCAUGUACUUUCAUGUUGAAAAUGGAACAUUUGAUUGAAUGAACUGACAAUAUUUUUUAUGUUCUGUAGUGGAACCUGGAUAUUGAUAUUUGUACUAUCCUGUCACUCCAACCGCAGGGGAGGACAGGGAAGAAAUACUCAAUGCCAACUUACUAAUUGGAAACAUGUGUUUACAUCAUUUGGUUAUAUCUUUGGUAUUGGAUGAAGGUUGUCUUUUGUAGUGCUCACUGGAGCUGUAAAUUGUGGGGGGUUUUAACCUGUGGUUUAGAGGCACAAGUAUCCCAUUGAUACAGCAAAACAAAAAACCAUUGGUAUAAAAGUAUAGGGCAUUAUGAAUUGACUCUAUUUCUGACCAUGGAGUGAGACAUUUUGCACCAUGAGUAUUGUUCAGUGUAAUUUUUCCAGCAACUUUGGGGGCGUUGGGAGCCACUUUCCACCUCACAAUGGGGCACAGUCCUGCUGCCACACCACUGAAUUCAGUGAAGUGAUGACAGCAAAACUAUCAGUGGUUUGUCACCAAAAUUCGGCAGCAAACCACAACAGAGCCUUAAAAAUGCCACAUUUAGUUUGAAAACAAACUCUUGGUUUUCUGCCCAACUUUAGCAGCAAACUGCCUUUUUGUUUUUGUUUUUUGCUGGGGUUGUGCUGCCAAAUUCAGCAGCAGGAUGGUGGAGGCGGCACAAGAGGACAGAGGUCCACUUAUUGCUCAUCCCUGGUCCAAAACAACAUUGCCAUGAUCAUUCUUCAAAGGCUGGUCAUCUGGUGCAAUGCUGAAUUUAUUUUCAGAUAAAUAUUUGAGUUGGAUUCAACAGAUUAUGAUGAUCUUAUUUAAGCCCUCUAGGCAUGGAUAGAACUUCCGGUUGUUUCAAUCUAUUAUGAUUUGUCUAUGAAGCUGAUAGUUCUUGGCUGAGCCAUAUCUCUAGCUAGAGCAUGAGGGAUAUUCCACUGUUGUAUAAAUCUGCCAUUUGUAGCUACAUUGUAAAAAGCUGAACUAUCAGGCUUGUCACACAGAGCCAGCAGGAUUGGGGUUGAGGGCUACGAGCUUGACACCAAUGCACUUUAAAACAACAACACACCACUGUGUUUUUCUCCUUAAGCUGUAAUUUAUUUUUAUGUCGACAGCAACUUAAAUGGAACACAACUUCUCAAUUUUGUUUCAGCAUUAAACAACAUUUUCUCAUACCAUUGUUGUCUUUU